AUGAUGAGGGUUGAUCAAGAGUCAUCUAGUAUACCGCCUGGAUUUAGGUUUCAUCCGACAGAUGAAGAGCUUGUUGGUUAUUAUCUCAAGAAGAAAGUCGCCGCCCAGAGGAUUGAUCUUGACGUUAUCAGAGAAAUUGAUCUCUACAAGAUCGAGCCGUGGGAUCUACAAGAGAGAUGUAGGAUCGGGUACGAGGAGCAAAAGGAGUGGUACUUCUUCAGCCACAAAGACAAGAAGUAUCCGACUGGAACUAGGACUAAUCGAGCCACAAUGGCCGGUUUUUGGAAAGCUACCGGCCGGGACAAGGCCGUUUACCUCAACUCCAAACUCAUCGGUAUGAGAAAGACUCUUGUCUUUUACCGUGGUCGAGCUCCUAACGGCCAAAAAUCUGAUUGGAUCAUUCACGAAUACUACAGUCUCGAGUCACACCAGAACGCGCCUCCACAGGAAGAAGGAUGGGUAGUGUGUAGAGCAUUCAAGAAACGAACGACCGUCCCGACCAAAAGAAGACAACUUUGGGAUCAAAACUGCUUUUUCUACGAGGCCACAGCUGAUCUCAUGGAACCUCUCGACAAGAACGUCCAUAAGCGAGCCAGACACAACACUGAUAUCUCCGGCACAACACCGUUUAAGCAAGAGCUACUCUCGGAGAAGAAUCACGUGGACGAUGGAGAAUUCGGCUCUAUGUUCCUUCAAUCGAUCGACGAUGAUCAAUUCUCUCAGCUUCCUCAGCUCGAGAGCCCCUCUCUUCCCUCAGAAAUCACUCUGCAGGAACACAUGAGUCGACAAGAAGAUGACGUGAGCGUGGAGAAGAGGAUCACUGAUUGGAGAUCGCUUGACAAGUUCGUGGCGUCUCAACUGUUGAUGAGUGGAGAAGACUAA